AAAGCACAAAUUAUCUCCUACGAAAUCAUAAUAAAUAAACACUACGAAAUCCGCGGUGUAGUCGUUACUCACAACAUAAGUCGAAAACCAUCAGCAGCACAUAAUUCUAAUCUUAGUAAGGAUCAGACGCCAAGUCUACAAUCAGCCCAGAAUAAAGGAUUCAUCCGACUCGUUUGCCUACUUAAAAAAACAUUUCCGCUUUUUUCUUCAACACCAAUAUCGACUGUAACGAGCCCGAAAAAACAAAAGAAUCAUGAGUAG